AUGCGACAAGAGCCUUCUGAUUAUUCUCCUGGACUGCGCGGAGCUCCAGUUACUGAUCAAGAUGCGGCCAAAUCCCCUGCAGGGGGGAAGCAGGCACAGCGUGAGAUCCACAGUAUUGGGCGGGGAGCGGGGCCCCCAGCUGGCUUCUCCGAAGACGAAAAAGCCGCUGUACCAGUAUCCAGGGCUACCAAGAAGAAGGUACCAGCACUUCUUACAGGGGCGCUGUUGGCAUUUCUUGCAGCCGGUGCACUUGGGGGAUACCUUUUGAAUGCCAAGCGGGGGGAACGAGAUCCACCUCCUAUUGAGACACCCACACCUGCGACUCUGCCCACAGGCGAAUCCGCAGCUGAAGGAGGCAGCUCCCUCCCGAGCCCGGCACCCACUGGACUCCCUACGCCGGCUGACGUCUCGCCACCCACUCAAUUCCCCACAUCCCCUCAACGUCCUGAGGUAGAUGUAGACGAAACGGUGAAGGGCGCUGCAACCAAGAGCAGUAAGCACAUUCCAUCGCACGAUAAAACUUCUCCGAAAAAAAGUGCUGAGACAGAAGGAGAGGAUGCGCCUAAUUAUAUGCCUAAACCUGUUGACGACUCACCGACUGAUCCGUUGGAAUAUUUUCGGCGGCAAGCAAGCCUCUCCAAGAAGGAUGCCCAGGUCCGGAAUCUCACUGGCAAAGCCUAUGAAAGCGCGUUGGUGGAUGUACAGUUUGUGCGGACGCUGUUGAGAGCAGCUACAAGCCGCAUUGAGCUGCUGUGCGAUAUUGAAAAGCUGUGCAAUAGCUCGGGGAUCGGUUCACUGCUGCUUGGCAGAGGAGCCGCGCCUCUGCCAUCACCAGAUGUCCUUGAGAAGUAUCAGGACCGAGUUACCUUCGAAGACUUUAUGGUGAUGCUCAAAGGGGUCCCGUUCCGUGUUAAGGAAAAAGCUUUAGAAGAGGCAGGGACGGUCGCCAGGGUCCUGGCAGAACGACUGGCUGCCUCUGUGAAACUGGAAACAAUGCAGCUGGAGAAUGAUCGAAAAGUGCAUUCGUCUUUCCAAGAAUUUGCCUUAACGUUGCCUCCUGGUGAAGUGCACAUCGUCCAUGCGAAAAAUGUGAUGUUUGGCGUUUCGCCGCUCUUGAGUGCCCUUGGCAGGGCUAUCUUUGACAGAGAGGCAAAUACCCUUGACGCAGAAGCACUUGGCUCUUGGGUUGCGGACUGGGAUACGGAAGGCGUUUUGGGCCGCAUAGCUGUCAACGAAGAGGAUAUGCAGGCCGUCCUUGGGAUGCGGCUUAGGAACUACCCUUCAACUUCGCCGGAUGACAUUUUUGCCUCUGCUCUUGCACUGUUCUAG